CCAUGCUUGUGGAAAAAUGUUUACAUUUUGAAUAUUGCGUUUUUAAAUGCAUUUAUCUUGUAAUUUUGUUAAGAAAAAUAUCAGUUUAGCGUCUAGGAAUAAGUAAUAAUGGAGCGUAUAGCUACGUUGGAAAGAGAAAUCGCUGUGCUUCGACAAAAAUUGAAUGAAAAGGAAAAAGAAUUGUACGACCUCCGACAGGAUUGGACACCGUUUUACACAAAUGUACCCGAUGGAGCAGAUACAAAUCAACCAGUGCAGCUUUCAAAAUGGGCCAUAGAAAGGUACAGUCGCCAGAUCCUGUUAAGCAGUAUCGGAGCCAAUGGGCAAGCGAAGCUGUGCGGAGCUCGAGUGCUGGUUGUGGGUGCUGGAGGCCUGGGGUGUCCAGCAGCACUGUACCUCGCGGCCGCCGGUGUGGGUGAGAUUGGCAUCGUGGAUUACGACACAGUGGACCUCACCAACCUGCACCGGCAGGUGCUCCACGGGGAGGGUGACCAGGGCCUCAGCAAGGUGCACUCCGCCGCCAACGCGCUCAGGAGAAUUAACUCCCGUGUUAAAGUAACUCCUUACAACACGCAGCUGGCUCCCCACAACGCGAUGGACAUUGUCAACAAGUACGACGUGUUGCUGGACUGUAGCGACAACCCGCCAGCCCGAUACAUGCUCAAUGACGCCGCCCAGCUCAGCAGGAUUCCUUUGGUUUCCGGCAGCGCUCUGAAGAUGGAGGGACAGUUGACAGUCUACGGAUACAGAGCUAAUAAGAAUCCUAAUGAGAAGGAUCCAUCCUACGUGGGUCCGUGUUACCGUUGCCUGUUCCCGACGCCCCCACCGCCGGAGGCUGUUGGUAGCUGCUCAGCUCAUGGGGUGGCAGGCCCCGUACCAGGGGUCAUAGGAGUGCUACAAGCCCUGGAAGCGAUCAAGCUGAUAGUGGGCCACACUCACGAGCAGCUGCUGGUCGGCAGGAUGAUACUGUUCGAUGGAGACGACAUGACCUUCAGGACUGUGAAGCUGCGCUCGCGCAGCCUCGACUGCGCGGCGUGUUCGGCCACGCGCACGAUCACGCGGCUGGUAGAUUACGAGGUGUUCUGCAAGGCUCAAGGCCGGGAAAAGAAACCCAGAGGAACUCGCGUGGUAACAGAACGCCGGGACGAGGAGAAGAAACGCCGGAUGACCGGGCAAAGCUACCUCGGUUUCCGGAUGACCAGGCCUGACGGGAAAAAGAAACUAGUCCAGGACGUACCGAAGUCGGAACGGAGAAUGGGACCGAGUUGUUCUAGCGAGCAUUGCUAUAAACGCUGCAAAGAAAUCGCUUCUGAAACUAGACAGAAUCUCUUCGACAAUUUCUGGAACAACUUCGAUUGGACGCAGAAAAAGCAAUAUGUAAGGUCUCUGGUCGACAGCGUUACGCCUAAAAGGAGGAGGCUUCAGCAUCAGAACGGAAUAUCUAGAAAGGGAGAUUCGAAGGUUUACCAUUUGGAAGUAGACGGAAACCGGAUACCAGUUUGCAUGGUUAUGUUUUUAAAUACACUAGGUCUUAAAGAAGCCAUGCUUCGUUGGUGGAUUUCCAGGGUUGACGCGCCGAAAAUGCGCAAGGCACCAAUUAAGUCGAUAAAUGUUGGUUCCUAUAUAGAUAGUUUGCCGAAAACCCAGCCUAAAUGCCAAGUUUGCAGGGACUCAGAUAAUUUGACGUAUUUGAACAUAAGUGACAUAAAAAAUGCAUGCCAACUAUACUACCAUUAUGUGAAGGAGAUGAAAUCAAAAGGGCAAAAUCCAGUUUCGAGGAAGACGUUUACAAAAGUAUUCCAAACGAAAAAUAUUAAGAUAUUUAAAUCGAAAAAUGAUGGCGAUCUUUGCGAUGUGAAUGCUGAACACAAUGCGUUGCCAAGUCUAGAUGGCAACGAAAGCUUUGAAGUUAAACAAAUUGAUGGUAGUCUCGAAAAUGUCACAAUAUACGUUCAGUGGUGAUAUUUGGUGAACGGCGAAGUCGAACUGGCUUUGCUGGAGUAAAAUAGACGAACCGCCAUGUUUUUUUAUAUACAGGGUGUGAGUGUGUUAGUGACACUUUAACGAAUACUGAGGCGGAUGAUUCAGAGUUAAUAUCAAGUGGAAUUUUCCGUCGCAAAAUUAAUGUAUUUUUUUUUUAGUUCUUUUUACAUUAUUUUCAAUUCUAUACUUUUGCGAUGGAAAAUUCCACUUGAUAUUAACUCAGAAUAAUGGGCUGAAUCAUCCCUCUCAGUAUUCUACCUAACGAAUACAUAUUUACGACAGACCUCGUAAUGAAUACUGAGGGGGAUGGUUCAGACCAUGAUUCUCAGUUGAUAUCAAGUGGAAUUUUCAGUCGGAAAAUUCAUGGUUUUUUUUUAACUAUUUUCAGUUCCAUACUUUUGCGACGGAAAAUUCCACUUGAUAUCAACUCGGAAUCAUGGUCUGAAUCAUCCCCCUCAGUAUUCGUUACGGUGUCACUAACACCUUUAUAGGGUGAGAACUCAAAAGGAUGACGUCAUCAACAAAAGCGGUUAAACGUCGUACUCAUUGUUACUUAAUUCAUAAAUAAAAUUCGAAAAUAAGUCUAAAAGUAAAAUGAGAUUGAUUUUUGAUCAUCUUAUGGUGGUAUUAAUAAACGAAUCUCAGCUGAGACUGCCCUCAAGAUCAUGCUCAAGUCUCUGUUUUUAUAUGAGAACUGUCACAUUGACAUGAUCUUGAGGGCAGUCUCGAAGCUGAGAUUAGUUUAUUAAUACCACCCUUAGACUGGCUUGUAUUUCUAGAAUAGCAUUUUAUAAUUUAUCUUUAAUACCGUUAUUUAGCGUAUUAAAA